CAUCAUUGCCCUCAUCUCCCGACGAGGCCCUUUGACAUGAAUGAGAAGCCAUGUCUCCUUUCCGAAUAUACAGAUAAAUACCCCCUUUAUUCCAAUGCUCAACCCAGGGAAUCCUGCAAACCCAUAACAGAGUACAAGAAGCAGCCGGUACCCAUGGAAGGCAUUUCAACUACCAGGAGAGAUUAUGUUCCUCAUGAAGUGUCACCAAUAAAACAAAGACCUGCUGAUCAAUAUGUCAAGAGUGAUGCAAAUAUGGACCUGUUGUCCACAUAUAGAAAAGACUACAACCCUUAUCCCAUUACUCGAGUGCCUCCUUGUGUGCCCCAGGAACAAAAAUAUUCCUCUGAUGAGAAGAUGACUGCAGUACCAACAUACAAAGCUGAUUAUGUGGCAUGGAAUCAGUCUAAAAGGGACAUGAUUAAGCCAGCAAACACUUUCCGUCCAUCGGAUGACAAAUUUGACCACAGGACCACUAACCAGGAUGAUUACCUUUACAAGGGCCCAGUUAUUACCAAGAGCUACAAACCUUUUAGAUCACCUCACAUCACAAAGAUACCCUUGGACAGUAUGACCAAUUAUAAGUUGAAUUAUGUGGUACAUCCCUUACCAAAACAUUAUGUGCAUGAACGUGAGCCAUUCAAGCCCAGUGACAUCCCAUUUGAAGGUCUCACCACCCACAAGCAAUCUUACAAAGGGCUGGCAGGACAGCCAGCAAAGUCAGUGAAGCCACCUUAUGUGAGGCCAGAUCUGGACAAUUUUGUUGGUACUACUGAAUUCAGGGAAAAGUUCUUAGCUUGGCCAACAGCCCCCCAGUUCACAAGAAAACGUGAAGUGUAUACACCACCUAAGGAGAAGAUGGACCUUCAGACAACGGCACAGAUUCAUUAUGGAAAUCCUCAUGGGCGUCCAGCAACAUCGUGUAAACCCUUGGCCCGUAUCGUAGAUAGCACAGAUCCUUUCAACCACAGCUCCACUAUGAAAGAUGAUUACAAGCCUUGGCAAUAUUCAAGACCUAAGGCCAUUGUUCCUCACCAAGAGAUCACGUUGCCAGCUGUGCCCAUGGACACUUUGACCACUUUUCAGACUCAUUAUGUGCCUCAUCCACUUCCUUUCACUAAGAGCUUCAGGCCCCGCUGGCCAGCAGCUAGGCCUCAUGUUCCAUUUACAGAAGAAACCACCUAUGCCACAAGCUACACACCAAAGGAAGUUCAUAUAUGUCCUGCCUCUUUCAAAGAGCCACCUGGUUACCUAUUUGACAAAAUUGAUGAAGGUGGACACAGGCGGUUCCGUUCUGCUACAGUGGCCCAGUCCCGACGUGCGUCAGGUUCAAAGAUUUCAGAUUGUAGAGGCAGCCCUUCUGGUGACAGGUUAAGUCAAACAGGUCUCAAAGGGAUUGCAUUGAAAGGCUAA